UGCCUCGCAUGCCUGAGUGGAAGGAAGAGGAGUGAGAGCAGCGUGUUGCGUCUGGUCUAUACAGAGGUAAUGAAGUGAAUUGCGUCAGUGGCGCACGCUGGGCAGGCUUGAAAUGCAUGCGCCUGCCGGAGCCAGGCGGAUGAAAGUAGAGGCGCACUGUGGGGAGAGAGGAAAAAGUUCUCAACAAGGAGAGGCAGGACUACUCUGACGGAGCCCCUGCAGUCUCACUUUCUUAUGCCUCUAAUACACUUUCCCUGCCAUCCCUUUCUUUGCGUUUUUAACUCCGCCGCACCGCUUUCCGCCGCCGCCGAGAGAGAAAUCCGACUUUUUUCUACUUAAGUGAAAGCACCAGCGGCACCAUGGAGCUGCUCUGCCUCGAAAUGGACACCGUCAUACGAGCUCGUCCCGAUCCCAACCUCCUGUGCGAUGACAGGGUCCUGCAGAGCUUGUUGACCAUCGAGGAGAGGUUUCUACCCCAAUAUUCCUAUUUCAAAGGCGUCCAGAAAGACAUCCAGCCGUUCAUGAGGAGGAUGUUGGCUACUUGGAUGUUGGAGGUCUGUGAGGAGCAGAAGUGCGAGGAAGAAGUUUUUCCCUUGGCCAUGAACUACUUGGACAGAUUUUUAGCCGUGGUACCCACCAAAAAGUGCAACCUGCAGCUGCUGGGCGCAGUCUGCAUGUUCCUCGCAUCCAAAUUGAAAGAGACUCGUCCACUAACUGCAGAGAAGCUUUGCAUCUACACAGAUAACUCCAUCAGACCUCAAGAGCUGCUGGAAUGGGAACUGGUGGUGUUGGGGAAGUUGAAGUGGAACUUGGCAGCGGUGACGCCAAACGACUUCAUUGAGCACAUUGUGAGGAGGCUGCCGCUGCCUGAGGAUAAGCUGGCACUUAUACGCAAACAUGUCCAGACCUUCAUCGCCCUCUGUGCCACAGAUUUCAGAUUCGCCAUGUACCCCCCCUCCAUGAUUGCUACAGGAAGUGUGGGGGCAGCGAUCUGUGGCCUGCAGCUGGAUUCAACUGACCAGUCACAGUGGGGCGACAGCCUGACAGACCUGCUGGCUAAAAUCACAAACACAGAAGUGGACGUCCUCAAAGAGUGUCAGGAGCAGAUUGAGCGCGUGCUGGUGAGCAGCCUGCGCGAGGGCCGGCAGCAGCAGCAGCAGCAGCAGCAGACGCAGAGGGGCCCCAGCGGCAAAGGUCUGGACGAGCUGGAUCAGUCCUCCACCCCAACAGACGUCCGUGAUGUCAACUUGUGAACCACCAGAGGGCGUCGUCGCACAGGAUUUCCAGAAACAAAAAAAGAAGCAUCAUGAAAAAAAAAAAAAACCCUCAAUUUUCUUAAAAGCUGAAAAAAAAGAACAAAAGAACAAAAAAUGUUAAAAACACAAGCCCUUUAAAAGAAAGAGAACAAUGCUUGCUAGUUUUUUUUUUUGUAGAUUUUUUUCUGUUCUUCAAGUCAAAAAGAAAAACAAAACGCCUGCCCACAAAAAAAAAAUUGAUUUUCUAUGAUGUUUAAAGCAACAAAUUAGAUUCAAGAUGAAGCUCUGUGGUGCCUUGGAUAUACAGAAGGGAAGCCAAUCAUUUUUGCAUUCUGCCUUUGAUUGUAUAGUAUGAUCUUUAAAUUAUACCUUAACCAUAGCGUGAUAAAUGAGGCUGUUAUGGUAGAAGUUGUGGAAACCAUUAAGAAAAAUUGCAUACAUGGGAUCACAGCGGGGCUCAAGAUUUCUCUCUCUCUCUCUCUCUCUCUCUCUCUCUCUCUCUCUCUCUGCGUUUAGUUUUAUAUGAGUAUUAUCACUAUUACAUUAGUGGCUGGUGUGAGGGAGGACACGUGUCCCAGCUCCUCGACCAUCAGAAGGUCCACGUGUGUUUGUGUGUUGAUGAGGACGAGACAGACGGAGGACGCUGUGAGAACAUUAUGCUAAAAGUCGGCGGGUCCCAAUUCCAGGGAAGAGAUGGGAUGGUAAUAAUUAUUAGUAGUAUUUGUAAUAUUAUUAUUAAUAUUAUUAUUGGACAUAUUUUGGAACUGAGUAGUAGAGAUCAAUAAGCUCCUUUUUUCAGGCUGCUUGUGUGUGCGUCAGUUUGUAGGUGCAAGCGGCUGCGUGUUUGUAUGCCAGUUUGCAUGCAUGCAUGCCUGUGUGUGUGUGUGUGUGUGUGUGUCUACAUGGUGGCGUGUGUGUGUAUGUGUGUGUGUAAAUGCUACAUGUGAUCCUGUAUCUAUAUUAGCAGUGUGCAUCCUACAGCGUGAGGCACUUAAGCAAAGUCAAGUCGUAGACUCACGGUUCCAUGUUGAACGUCUGCGGAGCCCGAGGCUACACACACUUUGUCCAUCAGUAUAACAGGGCAUCUAUGCUAUAUCACUGCCUUCAUGCAUUAACGGUGCAUCACGACUCAUCGUUGCCCGACGGCGAGCUCGGCGAGCACGGACUAUGAGUGAGAAAGAAAACGAUUCAGCGAAGGGGCCUCCUGCUCAGAGCCCCUUCCGUUUUCCUGAGGCGUCUCCCCUCGGACUCACAGGUCACGUGAGGUGUUUGUUUUAUUACUGCCAUUCAGUUAAUGACAUAUUACGGAUACUUUGCUCUUUUUCGCGUUGUUACGAUAUGGUGUUUCCUUUUCCUCAGUCAUGAAAGGCUGCUUUGAGUCCGGACAGAGGAGCGGAGACCUCUCGCAUGUACAAAAAAAAAAAAACCCCAGGAGAGGGCGAUGUCUUGAAAGCAAGUGAUGCUUUUUUUCUAGAAAAAGGCCCGGAGGACGUUAGACUCCUCUGUGUCGAUGAGCAGGGAGGGAACAGGGUGCGGCACGGAAAGGGUGAGAAGGACAGAGACGGUCACUGUGGAGCUGCACGCGGGUGCACGGCGCAGGAGGUCAGGACAGGGAGGACGUUAGAGGUGCAGCGGUGGACGGUGACAAUAAAACUCUCUGUUUAUUUUCGGGUUUAGCUUCUCGUGGACGAUGUCUGCUCUGACACAGCCAAGUGAACGGACACGCUCAGAGAUUCCAUUCACACAGAAGUGAAACGAGGAACUGAGACACUGCCAGAUCAAGCGAGGAUUACCUUUUCUUGGGGGGGGGUUUAGAGGAUGAAGAGAUACUGUCGAUGCAUCUAGAGUCCCACACGGGGGUUGUUUUCAGCUCCCCUAUUUGAUUUCAAUGGCAAAGCACUUUGAGAACAUGCUCCCCAGGAGAUGAGUAAAAUGAAAAUGUGUUGGGUGGUGACUGGAGGUGAAUGGAUGUUUUCUUUUGUUUUGUUUUUUUUCGUUUUAUUUUCCUUGUUAGCCUUUUCUUUGGUUUACUUUGUAGGGCUGGUUUCCCAAUCAUCAGACAUACCCCUGUCACGCAAGAGUCACAUUCAAACGGCUUUCCACACGAGUUACGAGACGAGAGGACAUUCCGAUCAUAAAACAUUCCGACCCGAGGCCGAGCGCGAGUUGACGGGGGUGGGGGGAUCGGAUCUGACCGUCGCAGAGAGUUUGAACAAACACAAAAUGCCAACAUGAAUCGCAAAAUGCCGACACACACACACACACACACACAGACACACACACACACACAGACACACUCAGACACAGACACAGACACAGAGUUCACUGAUCCAUGGGUUCUGUUUGAUUUCCUUUUUACUUUUGUCAAGAAAUGAAAAUAUUUGUUUUUACUUGAAUUUUUUCUUUUUUAUUUAUCUGUAACACAGCCACAGAUAGUCACACGGGGGCGGCGAUGAGCUACAGGAGCGGGUGGUUGUAACAUCGAAUAUUUGCACAUGUUCUUCAGAGGGCAAUGAGGUUUGCAUUUCCUUUUCAAGACGGAGCGGAGCCUUUGCUCUAAAAAAAAAACCCCACCUUAACUGAUGUGUGUCGCAGUGGUUGGUCAGUUGUUGUUUUUGUUUUGUUUUUAACGGUGCUGGCUUUUGUGGUCGGGGCUGAUCGUCUUGUCAGUGAACACGUCCGUCCCCUUGUGAGCUUUGCUGCUUCAAAUCAUUGGGGGGGUUCAUCAGCCAGACAGACGUCAGCACGCAAAACAAGAGACAGGUUUUUUUUUUUUGGUUUUGUUUUAUUUUGUCCUUUUUUGUUUUUUCGAACGGGACACACGGCUUUGCCACAGUAAGGUGUCUUUGACUUGAUGCUUGAGUUCUGUUUCAUGACGGUAUGUGACUUUGCUGAGUAUAUGUUUGUCAGACUGAAGAAAAAUGUGGGGAUCUCAUGUUUCAGCGAUGUUUUUCAGUAAAACUGGGCAAUUGAAUGACACGUUUGCCAAAACAUCCCGUGUAUGAAUAUUUGAUUUGAACCCCUUCAUUUUUGCCUCUGUUUGUCUGAUGUAAGCUCUCUCCCAAACUUAAAUGGUUGUGAUUUUUCUUUCCUGCAAUUUAUUGUUGCAUGUGUUAUAUAUUGAGACCACCUUUUACAAUUUGUGUUUGAUAUAUUUUAUGGGGUGACCAGACCCGCAAAAGGGUUUUUCUAAGAUUUUAGAGAUACUGUAUUCCAAAGUGAAGAGAGGACCGAGGAGGAGGUGUGAAGACAUCAAGAAAAAAGUGUCAAUAUUUUUAUUGAGUUGUUGUUGUCUUUUUGCGCUGCUAAAAGCUAUGAAUUUGUUUCAUUUAUACAAAAAAAAAAUAACAUUACCUAGUCGUGAUGUGUCACUUGAGUGUGCUGCUAUUUUAUAAACAUUUGUAUUAUAAUAUAAUUAUUUUACUGCUUAAGAGAUACAUUCAGAAAAAAACGAAGUAGAUGGUGAUAGAAGAACAUGAAAUGAGUACUCGACUGGAAAUGUUCUUUGUACAGUUUGACAGUUUGCUUAGAUAGCAUGUCUCCUCUCCCCCUUUAUUUUUUAUCUAUUUUGCUCUCCUUCUUCAGUCACAUUCUGCAUCAGUGGUAUUUCCUAUACCUCAGGAUUACUGGACAAGAUAGAAAAUUCACAAAUCCGUCACCUAUACCUCUGCAGUUAGGGAAGCCUGGAUCGGAGGAGAGAGAAUACACAUUAUCACAUUUGUGGAUGAAUCCCACUGUUUUAGUGGGAAAAAACGACUUGCUCAGUACGAUGGGAAAACGGGAAACAUGCAAGGCUUCCACUUGGACUCAACACCUAUUGGAGGGGGGGGUGGGGGCACAACAAGGCAACUUUAUCUUGGGGGUUUUAACACAGUUCGUUUGUUUCUGUUCAUGCCGGUGCUACAUCUGAUUUGUUGUGUGCGAGAGGAGGGUGGAAAGAAAACAGCGUUCCUACGAAGGCCAAAGUGCAGUUCUUUGCUUUAUACAACCACAAUCACUCUGAAUGUCAGUAAACAUGGAUUCCUUAUGUGCAAGAGAUGUGUUUUUUUUUUUGUGCGCGCACCAUUGUAACCGCCACAAAUUAAUGGGUUGAGCUAAGUCUGUCGUGUCUAACCAUAAAUAUUCUGAUAUCUGGAAGUUUGAAUGGUGCAGAUUUCCCCUCGAGUUGCCUCCCCUCCACAAUAACUCAUAUCAUGUACCUCAAAUGUCUGUUGCACAACCUCUGGUCAAUAAACGUCUGCUUUAAAGGGUGUGACACCACAUCAGCUCACUA